GAACGGGGUAGGGACAGUACACUCAGUCAUGGCAGGGUGUCCCGCUUAGGCUUGGCUCGCUGGAGUAAGGAACUACAACCCCGAGACUGCAUUGUGUCACAGUGUUGCGCGAUGCAGUGACGUAAGGGGUCUCGGUCGCUACCAUUCCUCUGUUGGGGGGGGGGGGGGGACGCCGUGGCGAGGUCUGAUGACGCACCCUUCCUGCGGCUGGAGGGUCAUUGGAGGUCAGCUCCGGGUCACUGGGCCCGGAUUCUCAAAGCAUAUUCCCUUUUAACUGAAGAUUGAGUUAGCCUUAACUACAGCACCCACCCCGGAGCCAUGGUCCAUGCCUUCCUCAUCCACACUUUGCGGGCCCCACAUGCCGAGGACACAGGCCUUUGCCGAGUGCUCUACUCCUGCGUCUUUGGUGCGGAGACCUUGCCUGAUGACCCACGGCCACAUGGUGCUGAGAGGGACAGGCUCCUCCGCAAGGAGCAGAUCUUGGCUGUGGCCAGGCAGGUGGAGUCCAUGUGCCGGUUGCAGCAGCAGGCGUCCGGACGGUCCCCCACAGACCUGCUGCCCCAGUCCUCAGAUGAGCCGGUGCCUCUGCAUGAGGCUCCACGUGGGGCCUUUCGCCUGGCGGCAGGGGACCCUUUCCAGGAGUCACGGACGGUGGUGUGGCUGGGUGUGCUCUCACUGGGCUUCGCGCUAGUGCUGGACACCCACGAGAACCUGCUGCUGGCCGAGGGCACACUCCGGCUGUUGGCUCGCCUCCUCCUGGAUCACCUCCGGCUCUUGGCGCCUGGGGCCAGUCUCUUGCUGCGGGCCGACCGCAUCGAGAGCAUUCUCUCCCGCUUCCUGCCCCACGGCCAGCUGCUCUUCCUCAACGAUCAGUUCGUCCAGGGGCUGGAGAAGGAGCUUAGUGCUGCCUGGCCCCGCUAAGCCCCUCACGGGUGCACCUGGCGGAUGGAGGAUGUUCCCAGCCAGAGGAAGCUUGCCCUCUGCCUCCUACCCACCUGCUCCCAGCUCUGGUUGAUGGGACAAGAGAUAGAAAAGGGGCCACGGUAGAGGGCGGAGGGAGGGCUGUGCCUGGCCUCAGCUUUAACCAAAUCAUGAACUCCUGUGCCAGAAGCUGCUAUGUGACUUAGACUGCUGCGUUGCACCAGCCCCAUGUCUGCCCCUCAGCACUUCUCCCCGGCCGCAAGACAAGCCCAUAGUCAUUGCAGCAUUCGCUAGUCCCUGAGACUCUUGCAUUGGGAAGGUGUCCCCCAACCCUGGGCAGGCCCUGGCCCCUCUGCCUUAGGGCUGCUUUGGCAACACCAUCAACAGAGAUUUUGUCAGUGAGGGUCUGCUCAGUGUCACACCCCACCACUGUUCAGAAAUGCUUCAACAGUUCAACAGGGGAUUCUGUAACUUCUUAUGUCCUGUUCCCAUGUUCCUCUUUCAGCCUCCUUGGAAUCCUGGGCUUUCCUCAUCUGCAGGGUGAGAAGGUGGCUGAUAGGUGGAUGUGAGAGGCUUGGCCUCAAGGAUAUCAUGUUACGCAUUUUGAAUAAAAAUUCUGGCUGCGCAAUUUUA